UCCCUUCGCGGUUUCUUAUCACUCACUUGUAUAGCCGCAGAGGCCUGGAAGUCAACUAUAUGAAGACUUCGCUGUUCUUCAUUACUUGAAGGCAAGAUGAGUACUAGUCGACAAGAGAACGUGAAGUGGGUAGAUGGCCUCCGCGGUAUUGCAUCCCUUCUGGUUGUGCUCACCCACCUUACACGUGCCUUUGACGAUGCCCUCUUCAAACCAACCUCCGCUGAAGGAGCUUCACCGCGACUUCUCCAAUACCCUUUAUUACGGAUCCUAGUUCAAGGUCGAAUCGGUGUACCGAUCUUCUCUCUUGUCACUGGCUAUGUCUGUGCCCUGAAGCCCAUCCGUCUAUUCGCAACUGGCAACCAAGAGAGAGCCUUGUUGAGCAUCACCAAAAGCGCUUUCAGAAGAAUACCGAGACUCGUAUUACCAGCUUCCAUAGCGACGAUAUUGAUAUGGAUCAUCUGCCAGUUAGGAGGAUUCCAGGUUACGAAACAUGUUCAGUCGUGGUGGCUGAUCUAUACUUCUCCGAAUCAACUCCCUCUCGGACCAGCGAUUGUGAAUCUUGGGCUGAACUUGAUAACGACUUGGGUUAGGGAAUGGAAUGUCUAUGAGCCGAAUCAAUGGACUUUGUUACCUUUGCUCAAAGGAGCCUUCUUGGUUUAUAUGAUGUUGUUUUCGACUGCGUUCAUGAAGCCCAAGUAUCGGAUGAUGGUGGAACUGGCUUUGUUUGUCUAUUAUUACAUCGCCAAUGACCCCGAAUACGGCAUCCACUUCUUCUUCGGCGCCUUCCUCUGCGACCUCUCCCAAUACACCCCCUACACAGAGUGGAUCUCGACUCGCAAAUGGCCCUCCCGUAUCCUCUCCCCAAUCCUAAUCCUCAUCGGCCUCCUCCUAGCCUCGUACCCCGAAACAAAACCAGAAUGGAUGCCAUGGUCAAACUUCAUGCUCAAGCUAGCAGACUACAUCUUCCCCCCAAACCACCCCGACACCCCACGUUUCUACACCGGCCUGGGACUCACCUUCUUGGCGCUCGGCAUCCAUUUCUCCGAUUUCGUCAAAGUCCUCCUCUCAAACAAAUAUCUGCUCUGGGCGGGCAAGAACUCCUUCGCCGUCUACCUGCUCCAUGGAACGCUCUUGAGAACCGUGCUGGUAUGGAUGGAAUACGGAUUCGUUGCGCCGGCGGAUGUCGUGCAUGAGGAUGGCAGUGUGAGUGAAGGCAAGCAUCUGGAGUUGGGUGGUAGGCUGCGGUUCUGGUUUUGGAUUCCGGUGUGGUUUGUGUUGCAGUAUUGGUUGGCGAAUCUGUGGACGGGGUAUGUGGAUCCGUUUUGUGCGAGGAUGACGGAGAAGUUGGAGAAGUAUGUUUUCAAUAAUGAGGAGGAGAAGAGUGUUUUGCCGCAGUGAGGAACGAUCCCAAUGAGACGAUAGAUGGAUCGAAGAGACUUAAGGAGGAGAGGAUGGGGUGAUUGUCGGCUUGAAUGCCGAUUCUGGUUCGAGUGGACUUUUAUAUCAGAAACCAGGAUUGAGGCAAGGAAUAAUGCAUUUCCUCUGAUAUGGCUUAUGAUCAGACGGCCUAAAGCAUGAUGACACUGGGCUUAUU